AGUUCUGUCAACGAUGUAGGAAUCUCUUGUUACUCAGUGAAGAAUUCGUGCAAAAUUUCUGUAUCAUGUUACGUAAUAUUUUGUGUAAGCUACCUGUGCUAACCACCAUAUCUGACGUUCCCGCAUCACCCUAUAAUGUUAGCUUGCUGAGAUCUCUAUCUCCGACCACUCACGAAUGCCGAAGAAACACGAAGAAAAACAGUUCCAGACCAUAUUCCAAGUACAUCCACAGAAGGUCUAACUCCUUUCCAUCUGCUAAUCCAAAAACUUCUCAGUCUGAGAGGCUGGUGCAGCAGAGGACCUGGAAAGAACCUUUUUCACAAGGCUCCAAUAGUUCGAAGUUAGUCAACAGACGUGACUUGCACCAGAAAAUCGAUGCCUCCUUCCGAAAAGAACAUUCAGAAAUCGAGAGACGCAAUGAAAUACAAAAAACAAAAGUGAAAGGAACCGUCCCUGAACCUGCCACGGAGGACAAGAAAUACUACGACAACUAUGAAGUCACAGAACAAUACGAGCUAGAAGCUUCCAAGCCGAGAAGAAGUCAAAGCGAACUAGUCUUCAAUGUCUUCGAAUACAUGGAAAAACUAGAAAGUGACUAUGACCCCAUAAACUACCUUCAACCCAACAACUUGAGACCAUUCGGCUCCAUGGAUAAUGUUUACUACCCCAACAUGAUGGGAAGCAAAGAGCCGAAUGUGAUGCGAUACCCUCAAACCUAUAAUGCAGAAGAAACUGAGCUUUCUAGUACGGUGAAGAAGACCAAGACGAAGGAUGAUCUCCAGCAGAGAGAAUACUCAACUAACACUAAGACUUUCCAUAGCAAACCACAAGGUCCCGUGGACCUCAUAGACAAUCUUCCACCAUUUGACGAAUCCGGUCAUUAUGUUAAUGUCAAGCCCAAACCAAAUCAUAAUGCAAAGAAACCGGUACCAGUGAAGUACUUCGUGAAUAAGCCCAAACCGAACAAGGAAGUUGAGGAGGCUUUGGGUGUAGCAGAGGAAUGUAAAAAGAAAUUGAUCAAAUCGAAAUACAACAGCGAAGAAGAAUCCAAAAAGAAUGUUCAUGAGUCUCAUAAGUUACCUUGGUGCGAAGACUUCCUCACUAAAGAAGAACACACAGAAACUUUGAUCAAACAUACCAUAUCUAAUAAACCAACAGUCAAAGUCGCAACUCCAUGGCUUUCCUACUCUGAUACUUUGAAGAACCAAUCUCCAAAAGAUGAUUACCCUCUGGAACUAGAUGUAGAUACAGAGAUAAAAUCACCUCUAAGACAGAUGAACACCAAACCUUCGUCUCCUCAGAAACGAAGUCUCAAUAUAGAAACGUACCAGCCAUCAGAUUCGAAUAAUAAUCACGAAAACAUUUUGCAGCGACAAAAUACUGCUGGUACCUUCCAAAAAAGAAACCUAGCUACAGAGCCAGUGUCAAAAAUCAAUAUCGCCAAAAACACCAAGAGUAAUUUGCAUGUCUCAGUCGUAUCGACAAUGUUGCCAAUGAAGAAAAAGUUUGUGAGAGAGAAAACUUUCGUGAAGUCGAAUCACUACGCCAAAACUGCUCGACCACUAGAACCUAAGAGUUGCGAGAAGCCUCUCCAGAAGAAAAAAUGUUUCCUUCCAUCGAAAGUCAGACUGAAACCACCUGUUUGUACCCCCAAACCUCCCCCUUGUCCGAUCAAAGAACCUUGCGAAAGAUCCGACGACUGCUUGAGAAUAAAACCUAAAAAGUUGCCAGUUCUAGAGACUUCUAACUGUCCAUGUGUCGAAGAUGUGGUUCCAGAGAUCAAUCCCAAGAUGAAGCGACUUUGUUUGAAGUUUCCAGACCCUCCUAGAGUUUGCCCACCACCCCCUUCUUGUGGCCCUAGAGCUGACGACAACUUGGUCGCAAAACCUAAAAAACUGGUAAUGUUAAAACCCAGUGACUGCGUUUGCGUGGAACCCCCUCCAAUGACCGAUAUCAAAUUCAAGAGGUUACAGAAGAUUUGUGUUCCAGAAGAGAAAUGCUAUCCGAAAACUGAAUGUCCUCAGCCACCCCCUUGCGUAAGGGCAGACGAUAAAGUUAUCAUUUGCGAGAAACCACUGCCCCAAUUGAAAGCCGGGUAUUGUCCAUGUGUUGAGCCUGAAGUGCCUGAUAAGAAUCCCAAAAUGCGUAGGCUCAAGUUCACUUUCAAAGAUCCUCCGAAGCCCAAGUCAUGUGAACCUAUCAACCCAUGCCCACCUAGAGCUGAUGAUCGUAUGCCUGAAAAACACAAGAAACUACCGAUAUUCAAACCUAGCGACUGUGUAUGCAUCGAACCCCCUCCCAUGGUCAACGUACCGCUCAAAAGAUUAGAAAAAACCUGCGUUCCGGAAGUGAAAUGUUAUCCAAAAAAGGAAUGCCCAAAACCUGAACCAUGUAUCAGAGCGGACGACUGCUGGGAACUGAAAAUAAAACCCCUCCCAGUCAUCAAGGAUGGACCCUGCAUAUGCAUAGAUCCUUUCGUCCCAGAUAAAAUUCCCAAGCUCAAAAAGUUGGAUGUAGAGUGCGGAGACCAGCCAAGACCUCGGACCUGCCAACCAGUGAACCCGUGUCCACCAAGAGCCGACGAAAGUAUAAAACCGAAGAUCAAGAAGCUACCUCUCAUAGAAAUGGGCGACUGCAAAUGCAUCGAAGCCCCUGAUAUGACAGAUGUGCCACUGAAGAGGCUGCAAAAGGUCUGCGAGCCAGAAGAAAAAUGUUACCCCAAGAAAGAAUGCCCUGCGCCGGAGCCUUGCCUGAGAGCGGAUGAUACUCUCUGUUCCAGAAAGAAACGGUUACCGAUUCUGGAGGCUAAAGAGUGUCCUUGUGUGGAAAGCCCACCGCUGAAAGAAGCGCCAGCGCUGAAGAGGCUGGAACUCAAGGUGUGUGAGCCUCCGAAGAUAUGCCCCAAGCCGAAGGUAUGCGAUGAAGUGCCUAGGGCUGACGACCACUGGAAGGGUAAGGCUAAGAAGCUGCCAAAGCUGAAACCUGGAGAUUGUCCUUGCGUGGAUCCACCUAUGGUUGAGGCACCAUGUUUGAAGAGACUGGUUUGCAAAGACGAUCCAGAAGACUGCUUCGAGGAAGAUCCAUGCAUAGACACACCAAGAGCUGAUAUGGGGUGCUGGGAGUACUAUAACUCCGAAGAGCAAAAGUGCAACAACACUAAGAAAAGUAAGAAGGGAGUGAGCUAUAAUAGUAAAAGGCGAUACAAUACUGACUCUAGGGUGAAUUUGUUCGAUGAGGUCAAGAAUGCUGUGAGGAAUAGAGAGAUCGAAAGGAAUGGAACAGCAGUUGAAACUGGUAGGCUGAAUGAGGUGACUAAGAAAGAGGGUUUGGGAGUGGUGAAAUUACUAAACAGUAACUCAACUCCUACAUUUGCGCUAUUGAAUGACCUCAGAGAAUUGGAGAAAGAGACUCCAAGCCGUUUAGCGUUCGAAACGAAGAAACAAUAUAUCGGAAAGAUGUCGGAAAAGUAUCCAUAUCGACAAGACUACGACUGUGGUACAUCUGUCAGGAAGUUGAGUACUGUCGUGCCAAAUAUGCCUCAAGAUCCUAUAAGGAAGAAGAAAUGUUUGGAUAUAAAGAUGCCGUGCGAUAAGAAGAAGAAGCAGCCUACGUGUCAUAAAAUUGGCUCUCCUUGUAGUCUAACGAAGUUGAAAUGUGCUAGCACUAAAUGUCCGGUGAAUUGUGAGAAAGAGAGAACUCCGAUUUGCUGCGAAAAGAAAACUUCACCUUAUCCAGCAUUCUCUGAAUUGGCAGAGGAGGAAUUGGAACCUUUUUCAGAGACCACACAGUACACAUGUAGUCGCAAAGACUAUGGUUUUCAUCCGAGAUACAAGAGACUGAAUGAUCCGCUAUCGAAAGACAAUAAUAAGAAGAAAUAUAGUACGUUGGUUGCCAAUGAAGAAGCCAGGGACAGCAAUCUCUCCAACAAAGUAUACAUUCCACGGUUACACUCAGCUAACAACGACUUAAGGUUAGAAACCAAUGCAAACCUGGAAUCAUCUGUGGCUCCAGGAGAUAUUAAAUGCACAUCACCAAUACGUAAAAUAGCUCCGUUAGUAAAUAAAUUAUCAUAUUUUCCACUAGAACAAAAAUUCUGCCAACUUCUGAAGCAGAAAGCAAACUAUGGAAUUAUUGGGAUUGACACCACGAUACCCAGGAUUUCAAGCUAUGGAACAUCAACAAUCCUUUCUCGCUCUCAAAUUGAACCUGGCCUCUCCAGAAAUAUAUAUGUCUACAUGGGAAAGAGUCAAUCUCUCAGUACCUCACUCUUCAGGUACAAGUCAACUUCAACUGAGAAAAACAAGAAAUGCAAACCAAAGAAGAAGAAAUGUCCAAAAUUCAAGAUGGAGAACUGCCCAGAACCGACUGUCCGACCCGCAUGCAAAAGAAAACGUCCCGUCUACGUCUGUGUCAAAGAAAAAUCGAGAGCACCUUACCCAGCAUUCACCGACUGCCUAGACGAAGAGCUAGCAGAAAACUUAGCCGAAUGCCCUUUGCAACGCGAUAAGAUACGACAAAUGCAGCCGAGCUGCAUGGAUCCUCUCGACAGACCAAAACUCACGAAACCAGUUGAGCCCGUGGUAGGCAAAGUCGAUCCAUUGAAGGAACACGAAUGUGUAAAGGCAAGAUUAGCUAUCGAUAAUCAGGGUCUCUCUCAAAGUUGCCAUGAUUUCGGUAGAUUCCAGAAAGUCAUGAGAGCCAAAGACUACCUCAAAGAAGUGAACAGAGACUGUACCGAGAUCGAGCGGAUGAGGAAGCUGGGAAAGUGGCCCCCAAAAAAUUCCAGAGGCUUAUGCAGUGCUUCUGUCGACUUGUUUUCCUUCCAGAAACGUGGCAUGUGCGGAUAUCUGAGAUAUCCGAAUGCGAAACACUCUCAAGCACAAGAAGAAGUCAUCGAGGAAAAACCAAACUUGAAACUUAAACCAAAAACUGGCAGCCUGAAAUUCAAUGCUUGCCCCAAGAGCAUAUACAUAAGGAAAUAUCACGUGCUAUGCAUCAAACCCGAGAAGAAAGUAGUAGACAAUUUCGAUAUCAAAAUGAACGAAGUUUCCCAGCACCAACUAACUGAAGAUGACUCCUGCAAGUUUAUGAAGCUGCGGAACGUCCAAUGGAGGAUAAAUAACUUCCAGAAGUGGCAUCGGCUACAGAGGAUGAUCAGCACACCAGAUUGCCCCAAGAAAUAUUCGAGAACAUCAACAGGUGUGAAAAAAUUAGCUUUCUUAGGACAGAGCCAGAAAACUUUCAGCACCUCAGCAACGAAGCUAGUUUCUCUCCCAGAGCCUUUGGAAGCUUUCGUGCAUCGAGGGAUAUCUACUACCUAUAUCUUAUCUCGAGCUGAAGAUGAUAAAAAUGGUAUUUUUGGUUUGAAAGGAAAGUGUCCCAAAGGGUCGAAAUCUUGUCCUAAGUUGUCGCUACCGAAUUGUUCAAAGAAGAAACGCAAAACAUGCGAGUGGAAAUACACUGGCAGACACUGCAAGAAGCUUGAUUCACCUUACCCAGCAUUCUCCGAGUGCAGGGACUACGAUAUCAGUCCCAAAAUAUGCGAGUGUCCAGUGCUGAAAGAACAGAUCCAGCAGCUACAACCCCAAUACCCUAUUCUGCCAGAAAUCAGCUCAGGUUUUCUUCCUGAACUCCCUCCGCAGCAAAAAGUGGAUGUAAAUAUUGAGGAAGAGUACGUCAGACACAAAUAUGGCUUGGAGAAAGAAGGAGUCACUUUGGAUUGCAGUACCUUCGGUCUCAAGAGAAAACCACUAUCCUGCAAGAUAGCCAAACAAAAAUAUGAGAACGUGUCUGAACCUGCAGAAGAUGAAUGCAAGCAACAAUGUACUGAGGAAAUCGUUGAGGUAAAAGAGGUUCCAAGCUGCAGCGCCCACACAGAAUGGUGUAGGUCGGAUAAGAUGAAUGGUACUCCACCUAGAAGAACCCUAGUGGAUGACUGUCGUAAACCAUAUCCAGAAUUUAGCAAACCAGAGGUUUCUACACAGCAGGUGGUGAAAAAAUGCGAUCCAAAAGUCGAAGCACCAACCGAGGAUUCAAAUGAAUACGAAGAAACUGCGAAACCAACUGAAGCAAACGACGUGAACAAUCGUCCCAAGAUGAACCCUUGCUUAUGUAAAUUGAAGCCUCCUUGCGAGAAGAAAGAUCUAACUCUAUGGCAGAGGAUAGUCAAUUACUUCAAAGCUAGACCGAACUGUCCAGCCCCAGACGAUUGGAAGAAGAAAGCUGCAAGAGAAAAAGCAGAGAAGUACGCUAAAGCUGCUGGCUUGGUGGUCUGCGACCCUAAACAACUACCCAAGAAAGGAUCAUGCUGUGUUGAAGAACUUCCAAAGGUUAUCACUCCGAAAUGUCCAAAGUUUCCAUACAGGAAUGAAGCUGACAAAGGUAGAAGGUCAUUCAGUACCACCUGUAUGGUUCAGGACAAACGAGUUAGGAAUCUCAAUCUCAUUGCACGAAGCCAGUCUUCUGUGUGCCACAGGUGGUAUAGUACUGGUCCGCCAAUGGGCGAUGAAGACAGAGAUAGUCUUGACGGAGAAGAAAACAUGACGUGCAAGAAAGAUACAACAGCUGGUAGCGAGAGGAGACACUUCAGUACCAUGAGAAAUGCAGAUACUUUGGAGGAUGCAACCAAAAACCUAGAUGGUGCAGCCAUUCCAUGUGAACACUCUGAGAUAGACAGUAACGUUGGUUUCAAUGCCUAUAUCGAACCAGAUGAAUCAGAUAUACUCGAUGAGGAAAUUAUAAGAAACUUUGGAAUCAAUGACAUGAAUAGCAAUGAUGGAAUGCUGAUUGAUACUAGUGAGAGCCUCAAUACUGUACUAUAUCCAGGAAAUGAUGUAGCCGAUGCCUAUGAUGGUAUUGAGGAGAAUUUAGUUGAUGAAACAUUUUUGAAUGAAGUAGAUGAUUGCACACUUGGGAAUAAAGAUAAUGUUAGGAAAUGGAGUACAGAAGGAAGUGGUCAAACCGGAAGACGUUACUACUCUAGGAACGUGAAUUGGCGUAACCUGGAGGACAUAAACAAAUCUUUGGAGGAGGAAGAGAAAAAGAGACUGGUCAAGAAGAUUUUGAAACCGUACCUGGAAGGUGCAACUAGAGAACAUGAAUCUGAAGAUGAUUGUGAUGAUAAUAUCCAGAGGAACUUGGAACAAAACCAGGAAGAUAUUACCAGUAGGAACGUGGUAGAGACUGAGAACGAGACGGCAAGUUUUUCGAGGCACGUUAGUCAGAGGAAGCUGAGCUUUUUCGAUGUUAUUUUUCAUGAACCCAUGAACGAUACGAUGGGUUACAAUCAGGCUAGAGCUUUUGCGGCUUUCCAAGAGUUUUUCCACAAAAUCGAAGUGUUUUCAGAUGUCAAUUAUGAGGAAGUUGAGAAAAAUAAGACUAAAAAGAUGGUGCAGCAAUUGGAUGAGUUGAUGAUAGACAAAAAUCAAAAUAAAGAGGACUAAUCAAAGUGAUAAAUUUAUAUAUAGGUAUUGCCCUUGUACCUGUUGAAAUUUGAAUAGAUGUCGCUAACUAUUUGUAAUAUAAUAAUGUCAUUCCCACGAAGUUCAUGCCUGAUACAUAUUCCUUGAAAAAUACACUUUAUCUGAAUUCGAG